CCUCUAUCUCCUUCAUCCAUCUCGCUGCCGCUCUCUGCUUUUCAAUCCGGUGCUCUCCCUUCUCUCAAUCACGCAACCAUGGCGGCCCCUAAUACUGCUCCAUCUCGGGCUCUCUCCGCCAAGGAGCUAGACAUUCAGAUGAUGUUGGCUGCGGAGGUCCAUCUCGGAACCAAGAACUGUGAUUUCCAGAUGGAGAGAUACGUCUUCAAGCGCCGCAAUGACGGUAUUUACAUCAUCAAUCUUGGUAAGACAUGGGAAAAGCUGCAUAUGGCUGCCAGAGUUAUUGUUGGCAUUGAGAACCCUCAGGACAUGAUUGUCCAAUCUGCUAGGCCCUAUGGUCAGAGAGCUGUCCUGAAGUUUGCUCAGUACACUGGAGCUCAUGCCAUUGCUGGCAGGCAUACCCCUGGUACCUUCACUAACCAGAUGCAGACUUCCUUCAAUGAGCCUCGUCUCUUGAUCCUUACUGACCCAAGGACCGAUCAUCAGCCAAUCAAGGAAGCAGCGCUUGGAAACAUCCCCACCAUUGCCUUCUGUGACACCGACUCCCCCAUGAGAUACGUUGAUAUUGGCAUCCCUGCCAACAACAAGGGGAAGCACAGCAUUGGAUGCCUGUUCUGGAUUUUGGCACGGAUGGUUUUGCAGAUGCGUGGUACCAUCCCCCAGGGCCACAAGUGGGAUAUCAUGGUGGACCUCUUUUUCUACAGAGAACCUGAAGAAGCCAAGCCUCAGGAAGAGGAAGAAGUUGCUGUUGGUGUUGACUAUGCACUCCCCCCUGCUGAUUAUGGCCUAGCUUCCACCGAGUGGAAUACUCCCGGGGAUGCUCAGUGGACCGCUGACGCAGCUCAGCCGCCUAUUUCUGGUGUUCCAGCAGCAUACUAUCCUGAAGCUGCUGCGCCCAUAGGAGGCGACUGGGAAGCUGUUCCAGCUGUUCCUUCUCCGUUCCCUGUUGCUGCCGAAACAACAGCCACAGGCUGGGAAAAUUAGAAGAUGCUGUUAUUCUUGGUUGCAAUCGUUAGCAUUGAUCCGGCUGUUAUGUUACUUUGAACAUCAAGAGCUUCAAAGCACCAAGUUCUAGACAUGAAUAUUUUGUUUUAAAGCUAUUUUUUGUUUGUGUUCAGUAUGGAUAGUUGUAGAAUCCAAGCUUCCCGGAGGUUUUUUUGAUGAUGAAGUAAGGCUUUGAUAUGUUUCCUGAUGGCUAAAUUACUUCUUUGUUUAUCAAAAUCGAUUUUCUUUUUUCCUUGGUUGUCACCAAUUCUCUUAGUUUCGAAUUCGAAACUGGUUAUUAGCUGUCAGGUUUCGUUAAAUUCAUCCUAUGUGAUAGCUAGGUGGUUAACUGUAUUAGCGGUGAACAGUUAACCGGGCAUGGAAUCUGUAAUAGCUGGGUGGGUAAAAUACUUUGCUCCGUUAUGCUUAGAUGGAAUCGGUAAGAUACCGUCGGUAGCUUGGUAUUCGAUACCGGAAUUGAAAGGGCAAAUCGCAAAGUUGCAACCUCUCACCAACUCUACCUAAACGAUAAGAUACUGUUUUAGUAAUUACUAAUGAUUAAUAGCAAUAUUAUUUUCAAUGUCCGUCGCUCUCUCCAUUUGUCUAAGCUUACCAUAAAAGUGUCAUGAACCAGUUGAUCCCAAUAACUCGAGUUGUUGGGAGAGGUUCAAUCGUGGAUCAUAUACCACAACACUAACACGCCCCCUCAAACGAAAGCCACUCACAAGGGCUUGAAAUUUGCACAGGUCUGAAGACAAGAAUACCAUGUGCUUAACAAAUGGGGGUCACCGAGAAUCGAACACAAGACCUCUCGGUCACAGAAGGCUCUGAUACCAUGUCAAGAACCAGUUGCUCCCAAUAACUCGAGUUGUUGGGAGAGGUUCAAUCGUGGAUCAUAUACCACAACACUAACAAAAAGUACGAUGAGUCACGCCACAUGAUCGCUCCUCGACUCCAAACACGGUCGUCGUCUUCCUCCAAACUCUCCAAAUGACAACCAAAAGCUCCCUUCCAAACCCGUCGGAAACCGCCUCUCCACCAUAAAUCGUUGGAAAUCACCUCCCCAUCAGACCGAGUUCGAAUCAGCAGUCUUCUCCAACUCUUCUUCUCCCAAUUGCCCAAAAAAAUUUACAUCGCCCUUUGCUCAGCAUACCAUGUCAUUUUGUAACGAAUAUUUAUUUGGUACCUAUCUUUGCACUUGGCCUGCAGAGGUUUGACACGUAUAUCUGGUUGGGCUUGAAUCAAAUGCUUUCGGUGUCAAAAAUAACAUCUACGUCAAGUUGGCGAUGAUCCUUCAGUUGAGUCGUGUUGCUACGAGAAUGUGUCAAAUCCGCCUUUUUACAAUCUCCGCCAGAAUCUUUUGAGACGACCUGAGCCAUCCAUGUCAGUUGCUCUCCUUGUAGUUGUAGCAUUUCACCUUCUAAAGUUUUACAGUUGACUCUACCACUCUAAUUUGAAAGUUACAUCCCAUCGCAUAAAGCUUCAUGGCCCUUUGUACAACUUUUUUUGAACAAAAAAUCUUGCCAAUGCAGAACCCUUGACGACUUCCUAGUUCAUCAUUCAUAUGUCCAUAAGAGUCGAUUCUCAUGUAGUUGUCAUAGUAUUCCGGGAGCACAAAAUAAUGUGAUGCAGGAACAUAAAUUUGAUGGAGCAACAUCUCCUUCGAUCACAAUUCAGUGCUCAUCUUUAUCGACAAUUCGACAUCCUCGUCAUCAGCCUCGUCAUCAUUGUCCUCGUCCAUAUGAUCAUCUGUCUCACUAGGAGCACAUAAUGUCUCGUCCUCCUCCUCUAGAUGACUAGUAAACUCUACACAUAUCUCAACAAACUCAUCGCGAAUUGGAUUUUGUUCCAUAAAAUAUGUUAUCUAUCAUAUCACCAUAGUGAUAAAUUUACCAUUUACUU